UGAGACGACAGCGUUCUGGGGUAGGACGGGGACUGAAAGGGAGCGGAGGCCGGGAAGAGCCUAGAAUGGCCCGGAAGCGUGCCUGGAAGCCAGGAGCUCCCGGGACCCGUGACUGUUAAUAAAAGUAUCCAUGGAGAACAAUGAAAAUUCAGUGGAUUCAAAAUCCAUUAAAACUUCAGAGACAAAGAUCUUACAUGGAAGCAAAUCAAUGGACUCUGGAAUAUCCUUGGACUAUAGUUACAAAAUGGAUUAUCCUGAAAUGGGUUUAUGUAUAAUAAUUAAUAAUAAGAACUUUCAUGAAAGUACUGGGAUGGCAUGUCGGUCUGGUACAGAUGUAGAUGCAGCAAACCUCUGGGAAACCUUCACGAACUUGAAAUAUGAAGUUAGGAAUAAAAAUGAUCUUACAUGUGAAGAAAUUUUGGAAUUAAUGUACAGUGUUUCUAAAGAAGAUCACAGCAAAAGGAGCAGUUUUAUUUGCGUGCUUCUAAGCCAUGGCGAGGAAGGAAAAAUUUUUGGAACAAAUGGACCUGUCGAUCUGAAAAAAUUAGCAGGUUUCUUCAGAGGGGAUUGUUGUAUAAGCCUAACUGGCAAACCUAAACUUUUCGUUAUUCAGGCUUGCCGAGGCACAGAACUGGACUGUGGUAUUGAGACAGACAGUGGUGUUGAGGAUGACAUGGCCUGUCAGAAAAUACCAGUUGAGGCAGACUUCUUGUAUGCAUAUUCUACAGCACCUGGAUCCAGAAAGCAAAGCAGCAGCAGCUCCUAUAGCUGGCGGAAUGAAGUCGGGAGCACCUGUCCAUGGUGUUGUGUGUGGGUAGCAGCAAACAUACAUGAGCAAGAAGACCAACAAGGAGAGUCUGGGCUCCAGGCAUCGCUCCAAGCAAGGAGUGACUGCGUGAGCAUGCCACAGAGUUGGGCAACUGGGAAGCCGAAUGAUGAUGUGGCUUUUAGGAACUCAAAAACAAAGUGGAGGUCAGAAACAGGAAGGAGCCAUUGUGAAAUUGAAAGUUCCCUGGCUUUGGGAUCAGCAAGGUCCAGUCACAAAGCCUGAUGUCUCUGCUCGUUUACUACAUGACCUUGGGCAUUUUCGUUCACCCCCGUGAACCUCAGUUUUCUUAUUCAUAAAAUAAUUAUAACCAUAACAUCAUCCUUGCAGUGUGGUUGGAAAGGUUAGAGAGGAUGCAUAUAUAGCACAUGGCUUAGGACUUCACAAGCAAUCAGUUCUGUCCUACAUCAAGGCUCAUGUAUUUCCUAAGGGAUCGUCCAUGGCUUCCCUCAGAUUCCUAGAGCUCAUAAUAGGUUGGAUUCACUGCACGUAUGUAUGUGCAAGGCGGCUGUGCUAGUGCUGUGAAUUCAAGGUGCAAGCAGCUUCUGCAGAAAGCUGCAAGAAUGUGAAUAUGGAUUGGUCCCUGCUGCUUUCAUUUUCUACUGAUGCAAAACCAUUUACCACACACUCAGCAUCUUAAAACAACAUGUUUAUUCUCGCACAGGUUUUGUGGUCUGGAGUCCAGGCACAGUGGAGCUAGGUCCUCAGGUCAGGGGCCAACCAAGCUGAAAUCAAGGUGCCCGUGGGCUGUGUUCUCAUCUGGAGGUUUGACUCAGGAAGAAACCAUUUCCAGGCUCAUUAAAGUUAUUGGCAGAACUCAGUUCCUUAUGGCUGUUUUCUGGCUGACUGUCAGCCGGACAUCACCCUCAGCAACUACGAGCCACCCUCGGGUCCUCGCCUCGAGGGCCCCUUUACAGGCGGUUCAUGACAUGCUGUUUGCUUUUAGGCCAGCAGGAGGAUUUCUCACUUCAAAUAUCUCCUCCCUCCAGAGAAGGCCCAGGCCCCCUUUUGAGGUGUUCACUUGCUCAGGUCAGGCUCAGCCAGGAUCAUCUCCCUUUUGAUUAUUCACAGGCAACCAGUUGGAGACAGUUACAUCUGCAAAAUCCCUUCACUUCUGCCACGUAACCUAACCUAUGACAGGAGUGAAAUCCCACCAUAUUCCCAGGUCUCGCCUGCACUCAAGGGGUGAGAAUCAUACAGGGCAUGGACACCAGCGGGCAGGAAUUGGGGGGGCAUGUGAGAAUUCCACCCACUGUGCCUGCCUGGUCAUGCCGACCUCCAAGUGAGGGCUGAGGGCUGAGCACGGAGGUGAGUAACACUUGGUAGACACUUUAUGAAUCAGCUUUGAUUCAGCUGGAAGUUCACCAGGUGAUUUUUCUUCUUGCUAGAUUAACGUAUUCUACAGAAUUACAGCGAAAAAAUUCCGGAUACCACACCCUGAAAGAAAAUUGUCCUUUUAGGAAAUGUUUUGCCCUGGAGGAAGCAUCUCUUACCAUCUCAGACACCUUCCAUCCUGUUCUGCAGACUACUUGAGGCUGUAAUGUACAUUCACAAGAUUUCAGGUCACGUGGCCUGAGAUCUACUUUUUAAAAUACUCUCAAUCUAAAUAUGGGGAAACUAAGGCCCAUACAGGACUAAAUUCACCUGGCCCCCUUCUCUGGGCCUCUUGCAGUGAUGUCAUGACCAAAAUGUCCCUGCUGUUUAAGGAGAGACGUAUCAUUGAGUAGGAUUCCUAGUAGGUGGUCUAAUGAGAAGGUGACCACCAGAAAAUGGAAAAAAUACUAGCCAGCGUGGGGUGGGUUGAGGGAUUUUCCAAAUAAAAUUUAAUGUCCUGAUGACUACCACUAUAAAGAGAAAGAGAUGGUAAAAGUUAUUUUCAAAUUAAUUGAAACUGAAUUAUUGGAAUUAAUUGAGGAAUAUUUCUUUUGCAUAAAGUCUUUUUUCCCUCGUUUUCAAUGAAAAAAAUUUUGUAUUAAUAUUAAUAGGCUCCAGGUCUAUUGGGAUUCAAACAGCUACAAAGUUAUCUUGUUCAUUACCCCCUAUCCAGAUCACUGAAACCUGAUUGGUUUACCAGUCUCUAGUACCCCUCCAAAAGAUUUUUACACCUCUUUCAGGCUGAGCUUCUUAACAACAACUGGCAGUAUUAG